AGCACUUCCAUCAUGGCAGGCAGUAAGUUGGUGCUGGAAGGAAGAGUGAGUAUAAACGCGUUUAUUUUAGGGCUCGGCGUGGUUCUAAUCCCAUUGAUCAGAAUCUGGUUUGGACAUAUAGACUGGGUCUUUGAUUAUCUGACUGAAACUCCCGGUAAAAUAGCGAUUUGUAUCCACGUAGCGGUUGUUAAUGGCCUCUUGUUGGUGAUUUACAGAGGACCUCUGUACAAGGUUGCUGUGAGGGCCUGCUUCCUGGGGGUCACUUUCGGCUGUGGCUUGAUUAUAAGCUGCUCUGAAACCACUUGGACACAUUUUGGCUGGUACAUGUGCUCGCUGUCCUUCUUCCAUUACUCUGAGUACCUGGUGACGGCCAUCAUCAACCCUCGCAGCCUGUCUCUGGACUCGUUCCUGCUCAACCACAGUGUGGAGUACACGCUUGCCGCCAUCUCGUCAUGGGUGGAGUUCACUGUGGAGAAGCUGACGGUUCCAGAGCUGAAGCAGCAGAACUGGCUGAGCCUCGUGGGUCUGCUCAUGGUGCUGUGUGGUGAGGGUCUGCGCAAGGCAGCCAUGUUGACGGCCGGCUCCAACUUCAACCACAUUGUCCAGAAUGAGAAGGCUCAGAGCCACGUGCUGGUCACCAGCGGGGUCUACGCCUACUUCAGACACCCCUCCUAUGUGGGCUGGUUCUACUGGAGCACAGGGACCCAGGUCAUGCUGUGUAACCCGGUGUGCAUACUGGGCUACACGAUAGCCAGCUGGAGGUUCUUCCGGGAGCGGAUCGAGGAGGAGGAACUCUCCCUCAUCCAUUUCUUUGCCGAGGACUAUGUGGAGUACAAGAAGAGGGUUCCCACUGGGCUGCCCUUCAUCUCAGGCAUCCGCGUCAACUAGGCCCAGGAUCUGGAUGCUGGGCGUAACAGACUUAAAGCACUGGAGCAGGUCGAACCUGGUGGUGGUGUCCGCUAUGGCGGCUGCCCUCUGGAGGGGAAGCAUGCAGCUGGCUGAGAGCCUGUAGCUCACAGAGACCGCGACAGCCGGGACGGCACCAGGCAGCUGGGCUGCUGUUUUUCUACCAAAUUCCAGUUAAAGACCAGACAACCUCCGCUGUACUACACUUAUCCCAGUAACACCCACUCAUCUGUUUCACCUGUGUUUCUGUUUGCAUGCUUUGACCAUGCUGAGUGUUUCCUGCUCCGGACUUCAGAGGAAGCUCUCGAGUUUUAAUGGCACAGGAAGUUCACCAGGUUUCUGUAAGGAUGUGAUCAUUAGUGUCCCUAGUUUAGUCAGAGUUCACUAUUUUAAAACCUAAGAAAUGCUUAAAGGAGUACUCUUCUGAAAUCUAUGCUUUUAAUACUUAUCCUGUCAGAGCUCUUCACAGACCUGGAUCGCAAUGAUCCAGUCUAAUCAGGUCUGUAGGGUCUAGUUGUAUUGCUGCAGGUCUCAGAUCUGUGCAGAUCUCACAGUGCCACAGCUCCACCACAAGUUGUGUAUUCAGGGUUCAGGUGGUUUACAGUAGGGUAUUCCUUAAGUGUCCCACAUAAUGAUGUCUGAUAGUGAUGAUCAUGAAUGAUGAAUUUUUCCUCAGAAUCCUUAAGUUAAAUAAUAUCAGGGUCUUGAGACUGUUAUUAAAAUGUAGUAAUCACGAACAGGAGGUCUGACGGUGGCCUGAUGUGUCAAACACUUCCUCACGGUGCACUGUGAACAUGAAGUGACUGUUCCCAGCUGUGUUUCAUGUCACAGACAUGUUUCUGCUGCAGCAUGAUGGAUCACUAGCUGGAGAGCGUUGGGUCGACCUCCUCCUGAGCACCGUUUGACUUCCUGUGUUUUAACUUAUGAACCAGUAUUUGUAUUGUUGAUGGAGCACCCUGUCCUCAUGUCAUCGGCACGCUCGCUCUGUUGGAAACCAAGCAGAUGAGCUGUGUGCAAUCAGGGGGCGACGGAGGCUGACCCUGCAGCUCUCUCUCUCUCUGAUCCGUCACAGUGCUACUGUCCACUCUCCGAACCCCGACCUCACUGUGAGAGAGAAGGUCUGUAGGUCAAAGUAAAGCUGUGUGUGUUAAUGAAACCUUCAGUGUUUAGAGUGUUUAGAAAAAGGCUGCGUCUUCAGCAGAUUGUCCCAUUGGCCAACUCUCACAACAAAUGAAAAACAUAUAAAUGAUUCAUGUCCUGUGUGGAACAGAACUGAAUAACACAAGGACGAACUCUAAUUAUUCCCACAGUGAAACAAUGAGAGGAAAAUGGACGAACCAGAACAUUUGAUGUGUCAACAUGUUAAAGUGACGUCCGAGAUAAAGAGCUGGGCAUCCCGGUGGACAAAUGUUGACCAAUAGCACCAUCUACUGAAGACUGUCUGAUGCGGGUAGAGAGAGUGCGCGUGCGUUUUAAAAUGACACUUGUAGCAUGUGUGUGCACUGUACAGGGUUAGAUAAUGAGACUACAGGUAUGGCACACCUGAGGUGAGCUGUGUACAUGUGUUGAGCUUUGUCUCUGGCUGAUUUACUGUGCAGUUACUCACUGAGCAGAGUUUCUCAACACCACUCGUGUGAAAUAAAAUUAAGGCGGUUAUUAAAAA